AUGGAUACGAAGGAGAAAGGUUUACAUCUGCUGGGAACGUUUGGAAUUGUAGGAGAGGUCUUCAAAAUCCUUCACUCUCAAGCAAAGGUGCUGGGGAUCAUCACUCUAGUGUCGAUUCUCCCUCCUGUUUUAAUAACACUGGCAAACAUUUGGUUGACAUCGUAUGUUCAGUCUAUGAUUUAUGAGGAGGAAGGAGACGUCCGAUUGGGUCUGUACUUACUAUAUUCGACUGAGUUUAUAGUAGUGGAAGUUAUAUGGAUAACAUUUUUCUAUGUGGGGUUGAUGCCUUCCAUAGCAGCAGUUGUCUAUACUGUGGCAGGCGUUUACAAGGGGGAGCAGGGAAUCUCUGUGGAAUCGCUUCCAGCCAUGUGGAAACGCAUGCUCAUAACUUGCAUGUGGUAUUUUCUUGCGAGCUUGGUGAUUGUUGUGGGUUUUGGUUUUGUUAUGAUGCUAUCAAUAUGGAUGCCGCUUGGUAUUCCGUUUCUGAUUGGUCUCGUGGUGUUCGGGUGCCUGGGAAUGUACGUGACAAUGGUGUGGCAUAUGGCGACUGUGGUGAGUGUUAUGGAGGAGGAGUAUUAUGGUUUGGCGGGCUUGAAGAGGAGCCGCCGUCUCAUUCAUGGAAAGCGCCUCACAGCAUGGGGGCUCCUUAUUGCUUUGAUUGUAGUUGUUGGUAUGUUUAAUACUGGAGCGAUUUUGGGGAGUUUUGUUUCACUGGGUUUCGGGCUCAGCUUAUUGUACACAGUAGGCUAUGUAGUGUUGGCGUCUGUAAUUACUUUAAUGUGGGAAGUAACGCAGAGCGUGCUCUACUUUGUGUGCAAAGCUCACCACGGGGACAGCUUAGAUCAAGGUUUGUCUUUGGAGGUCUGCCCAGAAAGACCACCAAUUUCUACUGCUGGCGGAAAUUGGAACCUUGAAAUCAACAACAAUAACAUGGGCCGGCCGAAUUUUCUUACUAGUUAG